GGAAAUAAAGAAAAGCAAGCAGAGGAGGUCUCUCCUCCUUUUUGGGCUUGAAGGACACGUCGGUGAUGGCACACUCUGAGGGCGUUUGAAAAACAAAGGAACAUUGUAUUGUUGCGUUGUAAAAGGAAAGCGAAAUAGAGAGUGGGUAACGGCAUGAGAUCAUUCCCACUGAAACCUAGAUCAAGCUCUACGUCUCUGUAUUGUCGCCCUUCCGUUCAGAUAUUUCAUUUAUCAACUAAAACAGCAUCUUUGUCUCCCGGGAGGACCAAGUCCCCUGUUUCAGACUACUACGCAGCUUUGCUGAGAGUUUGCAUUGACACCAACAAGCCAAAAGAAGGAAAGAAGCUCCAUGGACGCAUCAUUCGCACUGUGGCUCACCCAGAAACGUAUCUCUCGAACAACAUUGUCAACAUGUAUGCGCGGCUUGGAGACUUGCGCCAGGCACGCGAAGUAUUCGAUAGAAUUCCUCAACCAAAUCUUUUCUCGUGGAACACCAUGCUCGCGGGGUAUGCAAAGUCUGGGUGCACUAGGGAGAUGGAGAUACUGUUCCAUGAAAUGCCAGAUAAAGAUGGUGUAUCCUGGAAUUCGAUGAUAAUGGGUUACGCAAAUCGCGGCCUAGCUUACAACUCUCUGGAUGUUUACAGGUCAAUGAGGAGAGAAAGCUAUCUUCCUAAUCGUAUCACAUUCUCCACAUUGCUAAUUUUGUCAACGGGUCAUUUUGAUAUUAUAUUGGGCAGAGAGAUUCAUGGGCAGAUCAUAAGAGUAGGGCUGGAGUCGAUAGUUUUUGUGGGCAGUCCACUGGUUGAUAUGUACUCGAAAUUUGGAUGUAUAGAGGACGCGUGCCGAGCAUUUGAAGAAGUUAGUGAGAGAAAUACUGUUUUGUCUAACACCAUGAUCACAGGGUACUUCAGAUGUGGGAUGAUCGAACAUGCUAGAACAAUUUUCAGUGAAAUGAAGGAUAAAGACUCCAUCACUUGGACGACGGUUGUUUCCGGAUACAUGCAGAAUGGUUGUGCACAGGAAGCCAUUGAUGUUUUCAGAGACAUGAAGUUUGAACACGUAGCAGCUGACCAGUUCACCUUCGGCGGCGUCUUGACUGCUUGUGGCAGUCUUUUGUGUUUGGAGCAGGGAAAGCAAGUUCAUGCUCAUAUAAUCAGGACUGGUCAUCAGAACAAUAUUUUCGUUGGAAGUGCUCUUGUAGAUAUGUAUUCUAAAUGUAAAAAUAUAAAAUAUGCAGAGUUGGUUUUCUCAAGAAUGCCGGAAAAGAAUAUAGUGUCGUGGACUGCAAUGCUUGUUGGCUAUGCACAGAAUGGUUUUAAUGAAGAAGCAAUGAGACUUUUCUUGGAGAUGCAAAGAAAUGAAAUCGAACCUGAUGAUUUCACACUCGGAAGCGUUUUAAGUGCCUGUGCUAAUCUUGCAUCGGUUGAAGAGGGAACACAGUUUCACAGCUACUCACUAGUCUCAGGGUUAGCUUCUUUUGUGACCGUAGCUAAUUCCAUUGUCACGAUGUAUGCUAAAUGUGGUAUCAUAGAAGAUGCUCAUAGAUUCUUUGAUGAAAUGAUUCAAAGAGACGAAGUCUCUUGGACGGCCCUUAUUGUGGGGUACGCACAACAAGGCAGUGGGAAAGAAAGCAUAGAUUUGUAUGAGAAAAUGGUUGCUGGUGGUCUGAAACCAGAUGGCGUUACUUUUGUUGGUGUUCUUUCUGCUUGCAGUAGAGCGGGCAUGAUUGAGAAAGGUCGUUACUAUUUCUCGUUGCUAAAAGAGCAAGGUGUAGUUCACACAUCCGAUCACUAUACUUGCAUGAUUGACCUGCUUGGCCGAGUUGGAAAACUAGAAGAAGCAGAAAAAUUUAUAAAAGAGAUGCCGUACCAACCAGAUGCAGUUGGGUGGUCCACCCUUCUUAGUUCAUGUAGGAUUCAUGGUAAUUUAAGAAUAGGUAAGUGGGCAGCUGAGUCUCUGCUCCAGCUUGAACCUCAGAAUCCUGCCAGUUAUAUUUUGUUGUCCAGCAUUUAUGCUGCUCAAGGACAGUGGGAGGAUGUGGCUAAUUUGAGAAGGGGCAUGAGGAUGAAGAACGUGAAAAAGGAGCCAGGAUGCAGCUGGAUCAAGUAUAAGAACCAGUGGCAUAUCUUUGCAGCUGGUGAUCGAACUCACCUAUGUUCCGGACAGAUAUAUGCGGAGCUAGAGAAUCUCAACCUUAAGAUGGUUGCAGAAGGCUAUAUACCAGACACGGACUCGGUGCUUCACGAUGUGGAGGAAACACAAAAGGAGCAGAUGCUUUGUUACCACAGUGAAAGGCUUGCAAUUGCUUUUGGCUUGAUUUUUAUACCACAUGGCUUGCCUAUAAGAGUGGUAAAGAACCUUAGAGUUUGUCUAGAUUGUCAUACUGCUACGAAGUUUAUUUCUAAGAUUGUUGGCCGAGAUAUACUUGUCAGAGACACUGCUCGGUUUCAUCGUUUCAAAGAUGGCAUCUGCUCAUGUGGAGAUUUCUGGUAAUGGACAUGAGAAUGGCCACGUGUAACAUGAUGAAUUGCCUCCAAUGCAUCACUUUUUACAAAGCGCACACCUGUUGCCAGCUAGUUAUUUGUGGCUCAUACAUAUGUGGCCUUUGAGUUUUUGUAUAUAAAGCUGCAGCUUACAUAUAUGAUAAACUGCAAAGGGAAACGCGAUGCAAGUUGCAUAUAGACGACCCAACAGUAAAGGCCUGGAAAUGAACUUGCAGGUUUGAUAGCGACCGAAAGAUUGUGGAAAGAGUUGGUCAAACAGUUCAGUUAUAAAAUUCUCUGAUUUAAUUUCUUGCAUUGUCGUCACUGCAGCAUGUUCGCUAUUAAAACAAAUAAAUUAUUUACAUGAUUUUUUUUUUCUCAACCAAGUUGAAUCGUAGAAGUUAUUACUGAUUCAUGUUAUGUACUACUGAAGAGGAUUAACAAAAGGGACCCCGGUCAUAUCUUACGUUUUGGGCUGACAGGAAAGUCGUUGGAUAUUACGUUCAUACUGAAGACUGAUUCCUUCGGGUAUUUUGGUGUCUUCACUUUCAGCAAGGAUGUGGGUGCCGGGCAAGUGUGAC